AUGCUAAGCACAAAUCAAUAUAGAGCACAUUGUAUUGAUUUAGAAGGUCUUGAUGGUUGUGAAUCUGUUCGUCGUGCAUAUUAUAAUUUAGGAAAUUUAAUUAUUUUUUUGGAAUUAAAAAAUCAAUCAGAUAUAAUAAAUAUUCUUGAUCGAUAUUGGCCAUCGACAAUAAUUUAUCAAUUAGCAAAAUUAAAUGAAAAUAAUCAAAUAAAAAUUUCAUGGUCUAAUUAUCUUGUACAACCAGCUUUAAUUAUUUAUAUUUAUGUAGAUGAAAUAGAACGUUGUUGA